AUUAUAAAUUGUUCUACUCCAUGACAACACGUUCAAACUGAAUUCGAAGGUGCUUGGGGGAAGUUUUUGAAUUUUUUACGUAAUUGAGUCAUUAUUAUAAUUCAGUUAUCGAGUUAUAUUUAGAUUUCGAUCUCGUUGAUUUUUUUAUUGACGUUUAUUUACUAAUAUAGGUUUGGAGAGAGAGAUUAUACAAUGGUGUCUUCUGCAUUGUUCUGUUUACUCUUGGUUCCCUACGUGUUGACCGAUGACGUAUGUAACCUCUGUCCUGGGACCAUUCCUCUACAGCGUGUCCCUUCAACCGGCGUAGGAACUUGGUGGACAGUUCUUGCAACCAAUACAAGCUCUGGACAGUGUGGAAUAAGGAACAACCAACCUCCUUGCGAGUGCACAGGGUUCCAGAUCAACUGUAACCUACAUCAAUCCUACAUUCCUGAUUAUAACGUCACUGUGUUCGGAUACAAUACAAAGACAUAUGUCUAUGAACGGAAACAAGCGGAAUUAUCACUCGUGGACGAAGAUCAACCAUGGGCAAUAUUCAACUUCAAGGAUAAGUCCUCUGGAUCAACUACUGUAGUGUCUGCCUUAGAUACAGACGAUCAUAAAACAUUCAUAAUAUUUUACUUAUGUGGUGUGACGACAGCUGAAGGAGAGCCGAUAGUUAUCGUUGUUGCCAAAUCUAAAGACGGGUUGUCCAGUGAGAGUCAAGAGAGGGUUGACGCUGUCCUCGAAGCAAACAACAUCUGCAAGGACAAACUUGUAGCAUUCGAUACAUCAGAAUGUGCUGAUGUUUGAACUUUAUAUUUCAUCCAAUAAUACCUAGAAUUCUUUUAAUCGUCACAUAUAAUAUUGUUUUAAGGGAAAUAAACAGCUUAAUAAUAAUAACA